GGAAGCAGGAUAGAGAUCCACUUGGGGAUGGAACAUUACAAUUUUACUUUUUUACAUCUUAUUUUCACAAUGUCUCAUUUCUGUUAGUGAGAAUUUGAGAACAAGAAGAAGAAGAAGAAGAAAAAAAGAAGAAGAGACUCCGCAGGCAUCAUCCCCCUGUGACCGCCCACAGCUCCAAGGGGGAGAAAGGGGGAGAAAGUGCUGCUUUGUGAAUGACGGGAGCGGCGGACGACAGGAAACUAACUUUACCGAAUGAUAAUCUCAACCUGAGACGUUUUUAGUCUCAGCUGAAAAGUUCGGACAGCUCUACUGUCGGUGGCGAAGGGACCGGAAGCGGGGAAACUCGAAUCACCAUGAUGCUCAUCACUCUGGUCUUUCAUCUCUGCUUACUGGUGGUGGUUCAUGGUGACCCCUGCCUCAUCAUCAGCGAGAUCAACGCUGACAAUCCAAAACUGGACAUGACUGAGUUUGUGGAGCUCUACCACACCAGUGGACAGCGAGCCUCUUUAGACGGCUACACGCUCGUCUUCUAUAAUGGCAAUGGGAAUAUCGCCUACAAGGUUCUGGACCUGAAGGGCCACAGUACAGAUGACAGGGGCUUCUUCCUGGUGGGCUCUAUGGACAUGCUGCCCAAACCCGCCAUCCCCCUGCCUCCAAACACAGUCCAGAAUGGACCGGAUGCCAUUGUCCUCUACCACACAUCCGCUGCCCGUUACAGUGAGAAAAUGAACGUCACGUCUAUUGGGUUGGUGGAUGCAGUCGUCUACAUGACUCGCAGAACCGGAGGAGCAGAGUUCCUGGCUGAGAUCCUUACCCCCGGGGAGCAGGCCUUUGUUGAAGACGAAGCGGCGCUCGAGGGGGACGAGUCAAUUGAGAGGUGUUUGCUCUCUGAAGAUCAGUGGGGCUUUCAGGUGUCCUCGCCCUCCCCAGGUCAGAGGAACAACUGCACCCCACCUGCCGCCCCAUCUAGCAUUCCUUUCAUCACUGAACUUAAGCUGGGUGGAGGACAGGUGGAUGGCUUUGUUGAGCUGACAGAGGCUCCAGCCGCGGGUCCAUUGGUGUUGGUGGUUCUGGAUGGAAAAACAGACCGAGUCAGUGUCAGAGUUGAAGUGGACCCCUCCAGAAAUGGCCUAAACUAUGUGAUCAUAGAGAAGAAAUACAUGAAAGGAGACGAGUCUGGUGCAGUGGCUGUUUACAGCGGCAGAGCUACAGACUUCCCGGUGGGAAGUCCGCUGAGCCAGCUCCAGCCUCUGGAUGCAUUUGUGUUUGCUGGACCUGGAAAUAAGCCAAGCGCCAACCUCACAGAGAUGCUCAUCCCCGGCAGGCAGCCGUACCAGCUAAGCAACAAUUUGCGAGAGGGCGGCUUCUAUCUCAGUCGCUGUGGUGUGGCCACCUGGACCAGAGAUCCUGGGAUCUUCUGGGAGGCCCCACAAACUCCUGGGCUGCCCAAUCAGUGCCCCUGGCCAAAGAUCUGUCCACACAGCGCUGUGAUUCCAGGAGGUACCGAUUCUCCACUUCACCUCCCUCCCUGGGGUAACAGUGACUUCCUGAUCAAUGAGCUGAACACGGACACGCCCGGAGCAGCUGAGGACGGGGAGUACAUUGAGCUUUGGCACCCAUCGGGGCGCAGAGUCUCCUUGCAGGGCAUCUGGAUCCUCCUUUUCAGUGCACACAACAACAAGCCUUAUCGAGAGAUCAGCCUGAGCGGGCACUUCACCACCGCUAAAGGUUAUUUCCUACUGGGGAGUGACAGGUUGGUACCGGCCCCGUCACUCCGCCUGCCUCCCAACACCAUCCAGAAUGGACCGGAUGCUGUGGCGCUCUACCGCAGCCCCUUCGGACAGCCGUCGGCUACGCAGCGGGGAAUUCCCACUAAAGGCCUGCUAGAUGCUGUGGUGUACCGACAGAGGGGGUCGGACCGCGAGGCGCAGGAGCUGAGUAAAGCUCUGACUCCAGGACAGCUGCCACUGCUGGAAGAUCCGGAUGUUCUGCCUGGAGAUGAGACCCUGAGCCGCUGUAGGGGCCUGUACCCCUACGACCUGUCUGCUUUUUCUGUAGCUCCACCUACCCCUCUGCGGGAAAACAGCUGUCCCCGUCCUCCUCCAGCACCUGAAGGGGUUGUCAUCAGUGAGGUGGCUAGUGGCUACUGGACCAACCACAGCCAGCAGAGAGCGUUUGUGGAGUUACAGGGCCCGCCCAUGACUGACCUCCGGGGCCUGGUACUUUCUGUGUUUGACCAGGAGCGUGGUGGGACUGUCGUAGCUCUCCCACUAAAGGGUUAUGUCAAUCAGGAUGGGUUUUACAUGGUUGGAAAUGUCACAGGAGCAGACCAGGCCUUCCCUGAAGGCUCCACGGUGCCGGCUAGAGGAGCAGUGGUCCUGUGCUACGACCUGUUCAGCGUCUGCAGAGCCGGUACUGCUCUGACCAACUCCAGCCUCAGAGAUGUGCUGGUGUUCAGUGAAAACCAGCGGCUGCUUUCCUCUCUGUCCACCACCAGGGGGAGACAAGUGAUGCCAUCUCUCAGGUUGGUGCAGGAUGGAGCGCUCUCACUCAGCCGGUGUUUGUGCUGUGAGGUCAGGAGUCUGUCCGCAUGGACGAGCUCAUCUCCAACUCCUCACAGCACCAACCUGUGUCCAAGCUCCGCCUUCUCCAGCCAGAUCGAUCUGUGUGUCAGGCUGCCAUCUGAAGACCAGCAGGGGGAGCUAGAAGAGUGCAGUAGUCUAACUCGACCACUGCAUGGAAAGAAGGUAGCGGAGGUGGCGGGCUACUUGGAGCAGACAUGUAAAUGUGGCCUCUCUGCGUUGUAUCUACAAGGAGCAAACUUCUCUUGUUACUCCGGAUGGCUGCGGGUUCGGGGGAACAUCCAGGCGUUGUCGGACCGUCAGAAGGCCCUCAUCAUCCAGAUGUCCAACAUGCGUCCAUCAGAGACAGAGGCCUGCUCUUUUCCAACAACUGGACGUUACUCAGGCACAGCCUCUGCUCUGGGGUUACAGGUCGGCCUCAUCAUCAUGGUGCUCCUGCUACUGGGGCUAGGAGCUGCUUUGUUCACAAAUCUCUACAGGAGGAGGCGUCCUCUAGACUAUUACACCAUGGAGCUGAGUGAACACGCAGAGGGACUGUCCGAUCUAUAAUCAAGGCCCCAUGUUAUCAUCUGGAGGAACCUGUGUGAGAAAAACCUGAGAUGUGUGAUCAGAAGCACAUUUGACCAGUGACCAUGCAGCUGCUCCGACAUAAAAGUGACUUUUCGUUUCCUCAGAGGAUCACUGGUAAAAAGUUGUUUAAUCGUUUGUGAACAGUGCGGAUGGAUGCAGCGUGUUACUGUUCUGGCUACAGGGCAUCAAUUUUGGAUCGUGACAUCAUGAUUUCCAAGGAUCGGUGUCCAAUGUUUUGCAUGUGAACACUUCUAGUUAUUAUUAGUCAGGGGAAAAACAAAAGAAGGUUUUUUUUUAAUACUUGAGUCCUAAAUACUCAUUUAGUUGACUUGUUAAUGCUGUUUUGGGAUGAGUUUGAGUUUGCAGCAGGUAUUGUUGGGUUUUAACAUCAAGAUAACAUAUUUUCUCUAAAAAAAAUCUGUUGUGCUUUAUUUUCCUGCUUUUCCUGUUUAGACUGCGGUGACUCUCAUGUGUUUGACCAUCCGUUAAAUGUGAAAGUCUAACUCGUGCGCUUGUAACCACUUCUGUGUGCUUUCUUAAAGCAACCUGUUUACGAUUCCCUAAUGAAAGAUAGGAAGAAGCUAAUAUGGCUAGGCUGAUGAAGUGGUGUUUUCCUAAAUGAAGAGUGUGUGUAUUUUUGUGGAGGUGAAAGGUUGUUUUUAUUUUAGUGUGUUUUAGCGGCUCAGAGCCUCACCUGUGCCUUUUACCUGUGCUACCUUGUCACUUACAGCAUGGACAAUAAAGCCAGAACAUGUUGUUUUCUCAGUCAGUUGCACCAAAAUAUCAAUGUGUCUGCAUAAAUGGCCUCAAUGAAAAUGUGUUUCCUUCCUGUACUUUUCUCUUUUCACUCCAUUCUAAUCUCAAUGUCAUCAAGCAGACGUAACCAUGUGAAAUCCCAUUAAUUGGACUUCUUAAAUCCACUGGAAAUCCAGACAAAUUGGUCCUUUUCUGGCAUUUGUGAUGAACUAUAUUUUACCUUGACUUAAAAUAAAGGUUUUAAUGUGA